AUGACUUCGCAUUGGUGCGAUUCCUUUUACUUUGAGUUGGCUGGUACUGAUUGCUGGCCUCGGCGCCUCGAAGAAAAGCAGCGAACAUCAUUUCAGCUCAGUGAAUUCAACAAACAGGCAGCUGGAUGCGAGUUUUGUUCAAAGCUAGCAGACUUGAUUGCUUAUCGACUACGAUGUAACUUCGCUUUUACGAAUGGCGACGGCGCUACUACUUCCAAAGAUUCGACAAAUCUGGAAGAUACCAGGCUAUACAUCUCUCAUGAAGCGAAGGAAGUGCGUAAUUGGUCCUUUGGUUUCGAGGGCGUUACGACAAGGAAGAUUGUGGCUAUACACGUAGUUGUCGGAACAAAGCCCAUGGAGAUUAUACUUCAAAGAUCUGGUGCUGGAGGUCGUGUCCCAGUUGAGUUCUCUUCCGACGGUUUCGGCAGUGAUAGUGUCACGUUUCAACAUCCCGGAACCUGGCGUGUUGACCAACCCGGAAACCAGUCCCCUUUGGAAGAUCGUCCAGACAAAGAAGUGGCCAAGCUAGACUCAGCGUUGGGAAGGCCAAGGCCGCUUCUAGUCGACUUUCCCAUGGUACGGGAAUGGAUGCGAACUUGCGACCAACAGCAUACUAUUUGUCAGCACUCUGAAGCUCCCGUUGACAUCCCACAAUUUCGAUUGAUCGAUGUUGAAAAGAUGUGCAUUGUGCAAGUUAAUAUCUCCAAAAGACCCCCUUUCGCAACUCUCAGUUAUGUAUGGGGGGGCAUUAAGCCAUUCAUACGACUCGUCAAAGCAAAUAUCAAGGAUCUCCAAGUCCCAGGACAUCUCGAAAAGCUGACAUUACCGUCAACAAUAAGAGACGCUAUUUCUGACGACGAGUCGGAUAUGAUUCAAGUUAUUGACAAGAUGGAUUCAAUCUACCGUGAGAGCAUCCUGACUAUCGUGGCUGCGUCAGGUUUAGACGCCCACAGUGGUAUUCCCGGCGUCCGACCUGGAACUAGAUCUCUUGAGCAACAUCCUUUAGAGAUAAGAGGUGUUAAGUUGAUUGAUUCAGUCGAUACUGGCCAAUUUCGGUUCCAGGGAUCAUUUCAGGAACCCCGGUGGAUAUCAAACACCCCAUGGGCUCAACGAGCUUGGACCUUUCAAGAAUCUCUUGUUUCGCGAAGAUCACUAUUUUUCACCGCAGAGCAAGUUUACUGGAGUUGUCGGGAAGGAUUAUUGAGCGAAGAUACCACGGAGUAUUUUCGCAACAACGAAUCUCCUCAUGUACCCAAAAAACGACUGGACUCCACAUUUCGCUCGCAAGAAUAUCUGGCAAUCGCUACCACAUUCUCAACUCGGAGACUUACAUACGAGGCCGAUAUUGGACGUGCAUAUCUUGGUACCCAGAACUACCUCGACAACAAGUGGGGUGGACAUACGUUCUCAUGGGGUUUACCUCACGGCUCGUUUGGGUCUUUCCUGAUGUGGGAACGUGAUCCUCACAACGAUCGCCGGCUUCGUACAGGUACACAUCCUAUUAGACAAAGGGAAGGAAGUAUAGUCCAAGUCCCGUUUCCUAGCUGGUCGUGGAUGAGCUGGACUGAUGGUGGGCAACUUGAGACCUUCUUUGGAGACGAACCAGAGCCUCAUAGUCCAAGGUUUUAUGUAUUCAACUCAGCGACUGAGCUAAUGGAAGUCUGUGAUGAAUUCACGUGGCCAUCGUCGCUAUGA